AGCAGAUAUAUAGAGCGAGAGAGUCAAAAAGUGAGAAAGGGAGAGAAAAUUGUGUUUGCUCCACUUCCUAUGUAAUAUUAUAGUCAACUAUAUAUACAAAUAUAUAUACAUCGUCAGUAUAUUAUUUAUAAAUAUAUAUAUAUAUAUAUGUGUAAUUCUGCCAGAAUGAAGGUGAUCAGCCUGUUUGCAUUCUACAUGCUUAUGUCGCAAGGUUCCGGAGCUUCUCUGAAUGGCCUGAACCAAAUGGACAAGAAGCAUGAAGCCGAAGAAUUAGAAGACCAACUUCAUUUGGAAAAACGUAAAGUGAAGACCAGCAGUGAGAGAGAGAUGAAUCCAGAAGUGACAACCACAAUGGAAGUGACGACUGCGAUGGACCUACCGCUGACGACAGAGCUUAACGAAGAAAACAUCCUGGAGACACUUGGCGUUAACGGAUUCGUCCAUUUGGUUUCUUCCGUUUUUGAGCAUCAUCCGCAAGUGUUGAAGGAAUUCCUGUCCCGGAAGAGCAAUCUUCUAGUAAAACAUUCUUCAAUGAAUGGAAGACCCACUCACCACCACAUCAGACCACAUCUACCCGAAACUGCAAAUUCUGGCAGUUAUCUGCCUGCCCACUACAAGAAGUCCAACUUAUUGAACCACGGUCCUCUUCGAAGACACUACAACCCAACAGAAAAAAGACACCAAAACCAUAUCUACCAAGGUGAGUCAGCGCCAUUUUUCCUUUCUUUUUGUUGAUAUCACCGUUGAUGU